UGUGUUCCAUGUUGUGCGGCCAUCCCCCUCUCGGUGUCCGCCUGAAGGAGGAGUUUAACCCCACAUUGUCUGGGAGGAGCCCGCUCUCUCCUGGUGCUCAGUCCCAGGAUCGCCUGGUGAGGAAGCUGAGGCGCCGAACUGGACUCAAAAGCAAAACUACACUUUAUUUAAGCUGUAAAUGCCACCGUGUUGUGUUUCUAAAAUGUCUAAAGCGGGAAACUUGUGAGUGUAGCUGGACGCGGAGGAAACAUGAUCCGGUGAGCCAGAGAUCAGAGGAAUGAGUUUAUUUUCAGAAAUGAGACACGUGUAGAAGCUCUACUUGGGAGAGAGACUUUCCGCCAGGCUAAGAUGGGAAAUUCAGAGAGCCAGUACAGCAUUGAGAGUCCCAAAGCCACAAACUUUACCUUUCCCGGGAAACAGAAGCCAUAUUCACUAAAGCUCCGCUCGGCCAAAGAGGAUGUUCUGUCACCACAUAUGUGGUGGAAAAACACCCCUAUCGGCUCUAGGUACAGGUCUUCGUGUGGGGGCCGUGGUUGCCUGUCCCCUCCUAAAAGCUACCAUGGAACCAGGGGGAGUCAAAGUGAGCACCGGUCGCACCGAUCCCCUGGUUGUGUGAUCCGAAGACGACACAUGUCCGAUGAUUACGACGAAAAUCCGUACGGAGCUGAGCUCAACGGACAUGUGCUGAACGGACACAGUGACGAGGUUUUAGAGGAGCAGAGCAGUCCAAGGGUGGUGAUAAGAAAGGACGGUACUUUAAGGGUGGAGUUUACCAACGGUUCUGGAAACCCCCUCCUCCUAGAUGCGACCUCUGGCCCCGUUCAGCUGCUGAAGUUCUCUCCCAAUCUGGAGACCACCUCCACUCCCAGUUUGCCUGGUUCAAGUGGAAGCAGACAGGAUGAUCACUGCGGUGGUCCACCGCCAGCUUCUACCUCCUCCACAGCCAGAACCAGCAAAGGGAGCUCGCUCAGCUCUGAAGGGUCCUGGUAUGACUCUCCAUGGGGGCCCAGCACGGAGCUCUGUGAGCAGGAAAAACCUUGUUCAACCAGCAGAACAUUAGUCCACUCCCCCAUCCACCAGCACGACUCCUUCACAGAACAGCCAACCCUUGUGUCCAUCACAGACCUUUAUAAGGACUCCACUAUGGCUGCUACUUUCCCCACAGCCAGGGACUUGUCCUCCCAAUUACAAGAGUCUCCCCCGGGCCGGAGGCCUCACCGAGCCUCCUUCGCCUCGAUUCUAGACGUUCCCCUUGAGGAGGAAUGCGCAGAAUCCCCCAAAUACUUGUCUUACACUCUACCCUGCCGCAGACCCAAAGCUCACACCAUCAGUGAAGACAUAAACCAGUACGAGAGCCAUGAACAGCACCAGGAGCAGGCUGGAAAUGAGUUUGGAUUCAACAAGAAGGACUCCCUCAGAAACCGGAUUAGACGCUUCAGUGACUGGACAGGAAGCUUGAGCCGCAAAAAAAAGAAGACGCAGGACACCAGAUAUAAGGACAUGAGCGACGCCUUUGACAGCGGUGUCGAUGGGUUGACUGCAGACACCAGCUCCCCCUCCCAGGUUUCCAGCCUGCUGUGGUUUCCUGGAGCGUCCAGGACGCAAUCCUCAGGAGCCAUACACCAAACAACCAGCGACGCCGUCCGCCAGAACAUCUACGAGAACUUCAUGCGAGAGCUGGAGACGGGCGCCGGACAUGGAGGAGGAGAAAGGAGAGACCCCUCCACCGAGGAUGGGGAGAGCAGCAGCGAGUCUGCCGAGGGCUCCUUGGAGCAGCUGGAUCUGCUGUUCGAGAAGGAGCAGGGCGUGGUCAGGCGUGCCGGCUGGCUCUCUUUCAAACCGUUGGUCACCCUGCACAAGGACAGAAAGCUGGAGCUGGUCACCCGCCGCAGGUGGAAGCAGUACUGGGUCACCCUGAAAGGGUGUACGUUGCUGUUCUAUGAAACCUACAGUAAAGGCUCUCCGGAGCAGGAGCUGUCUCCUCGCUACGCCCUCCUGGCUGAAGACAGCAUCGUCCAGGCAGUUCCUGAACACCCCAAGAGGGAGAACGUGUUCUGCCUGAGCAACUCGUACGGAGACGUCUACCUGUUCCAGGCCACCAACCAGACUGACUUGGAAAACUGGGUGACGGCCAUCCACUCUGCCAGCGCCUCGCUGCUGGCGAAGCGGCAGGGCAAAGAAGACACGGUGCGUCUGCUGCGCAGCCAGGUCCGCAGCCUGCUGCAGAAGAUCGACAUGGACGGCAAGAUGAAGAAGAUGGCGGAGCUGCAGCUGACUGUUGUGGGCGACCCCAAAAACCGCAAAGCUAUAGAGAACCAGAUCCAGCAGUGGGAGCAGAACCUGGAGAGGUUCAACAUGGACCUCUUCCGGAUGCGCUGCUACCUCGCCAGCCUACAAGGUGGGGAGCUGCCCAACCCCAAGAGCCUCCUGGCUAUUGCCAGCCGCCCCACCAAAAGCACCCUGGGACGCCUGGGGAUUUUCUCCGUUUCCUCCUUCCAUGCACUGAUCUGUUCCAGAGACGAGGCUGCAGUCAGGAGGCGCUCUUUGUCUCUGACUUGCAGACAGCGAAAGAAAGGCCUUUUCUCCUCUCUCAAAGGCCUUGACAACCUAACAAAGAGAGGCCGUGACAAGAGACCUUCUGUAUCGCAGAUCUUUGAGAGUGACGCCGGCGGUCAGACGUACGGCCUGCCCCCCCGAAGCUCCGAGAGGCUGGAUGUGCUGACCAGCAUUUACUCGAUGUCGCCCCCCGAGGGGGGUGUUUGGGACGGCGUGAGCGGCGCAGCAGACACGCUGCCGCGCGCCCACAUGCCAGACGGCCUGACACUCCAAGUUCCUGUCAAGACGCAGCAGACGGUGGCCGACCUUCAUGCAGCCUGCAAGGUGAAACAGCUGGAUGACGGCUCACACGGCCUCCGAUCAGGACAGGACACACAGCCUGGAUGCUUGGAUCCUGCAGAGUUUCUAGGAGAUUUGGUCAGGGAUCAGCUGGAAGUGGGCCCAACUAAUGUGUUUACUCUGCACAUGAGAAGGCAGGGCACCACCGCCGACUUCGGUUUUGCUGUGACAGGGCACAUAGAUGGCAAUAGGAACAGCAGGAUUUUGGUCAGUGAAGUGUUGCCAGACGGACUGGCCUUCAGUGAAGGUCUGCUUCCCGGCGAUGAGAUCCUUGUGCUGAACGGCCGCUGCGUGUCAAGUCUGGAGCUUUCAUUGAUCCAGACUCUGUUUGCAGAACAAACCCUGCACCUCAGGGUGAGGCGAGAUGGAUCCAUGCAGCCAGGCGCGGGCACUAAAAGUGCUUCCUGCGUUCAGGACCAGGAGGUUCAGAGCAAACACCACAGAGCCAAGUCUUCAUCAGAUGUUUGUGCUGCCGCUGAGUGUGGAGAGCUCCAGUGCGUAGGACUGGAGAAUGGUCACUCCCACUGCGCACUCAGGCCUGUUCAGCACAGCAAGAGCGUGGAUACCGUCUGCACUCUCUACCAGUCCUUCCAGGAGGGCUCCAACCCUCGCGACAGGGCUGCAAUGGCUGAAAGAAGGGAUUCCUCUGGUCAAACCAGAGAGGCCACCCUGCUCAGACCUUACCCCAAGCACAUGAGCGCCACCGAGAGGCUGCGCAAAGUCAUCCAGGAGCUGGUGGACACAGAGAAGUCCUACGUUAAGGACCUGGACUGUUUGUUCGAGAUCUACCUGAAGCCUCUGCGGACAGAAACCUUCCUCACUCCGGAUGAGAUGGAGAGUCUGUUUGGCAGCCUGCCGGAGAUGCUGGACUUCCAGAGGGUCUUCCUGCAAACGCUGGAGGAGAGGAUCGCCUCCUCGCCCGACUUCAGCACCCUGGAGACCCCGUCCCAGUUUAAAAAGCUGCUCUUUUCGCUCGGCGGAUCGUUUCUUUACUACGCCGACCACUUCAAGCUCUACAGCGGCUUCUGUGCAAACCACAUCAAGGUCCAACAGGUUCUGAAGAAAGCAAAGACAGAUCAGGCCUUCAAAGAGUUCCUGGAUGCGAGGAACCACACCAAGCAGCACUCCUCCACCCUGGAGUCGUAUCUGAUCAAACCCGUGCAGAGGGUGCUCAAGUACCCCCUCCUGCUGAGAGAGCUGGUGUCUCUCACUGAUGCAGACAGCGAGGAGCACCAUCACCUCACCGAGGCUCUGAAAGCUAUGGAGAAGGUGGCGAGCCACAUCAAUGAGAUGCAGAAGAUCUACGAGGAUUACGGCUCCGUGUUUGAUCAGCUAGUGGCGGAGCAGACCGGCCACGAUAAAGAGGUCACAGAGAUUUCCAUGGGGGAGUUUCUGGUUCACUCGUCGGUGGUCUGGCUCAACCCUCACCCUUCUCUGGGCCGCAUGAGAAAAGACCCUGAAAUCACAGUAUUUGUUUUCAAGAAAGCGGUGAUAUUGGUCUACAGGGAAACCAACAAGCUGAAGAAGAAGAUGACCAACCCUCGUUCAGCACUUUGUCACGGCGAGUCCGACCCGUUCAAGUUCUGCUGGCUCAUCCCGCUUUCUGCACUGCAGGUCCGACUAGGAAACACUGCAGGAACCGGAGCAGAGAGCAGCUGCAUCUGGGAGCUGAUUCACUCCCGGUCUGAGGUGGAGGGUCGGCCGGAGACCGUCUUUCAGCUUUGCAGCAGUGGUCCAGAGAGUAAGGUUGGGAUUGUGAAGGUGAUCCGCUCCAUCCUCCGGGAGAACGUGAAGAGGAACUUGAGGAGUGAAGGGACGUCGGAGGGAAGCUGUAAGGAGCGUCUGACCCCCCUGCGCAGCACCCUGCCCUCCUCCGCCAAGCUGGGUUCCUCCAGAGCUUCCUGGAUGUGUAAGCAGCGCACUGAAGAAGCAUCCUCCCAAGGAGGGAACCUCAGGCCGGGUCCAGACUCGGACGAUGGAAGCUUAAGCAGCGGGACCUACAGUUUCUCCGGCGCUCCUCCAGCCUGCACCUCCUCCGACUCCCAGCACUGGCCGCAGACCCGCAGGUCCUCCUCGAAGGCCCGCUCCCCCUCCGUCAAAGAGUCCGACAUUUUAAGCGACGAGGACGAUGACGGCUUCAUCGAGGGCGGAGCGAGGAGGAGCAGCGGCGACAGCGGCUCCCCGACCAGCGCCAUCGAGGCCCAGUUCCUGGAGCUCAAACUGUCGGAGAACGCCUCCUCCAAACGGGCGCCGGCGCCGCGCGUGCAGCCCGAGAGAGUCGGGGACACACCGGAGGUGCAGCCCAAGCUGGUGCGCGGACACUUCAGCGCGGUGAAGAGGAAAAGCAGUGGCGCCCGGCGGAGCCCGCACAUGCUAUUGCACAUGAAGGAUCAGCACCGGUCACUGGACAGCCAGACCAGUCCCACGUCUCCAACCGGAGUGGACCUGAACUCGCUGCUGGAGAGGGAGUUCAGCGUGCAGAGCCUGACCUCCGUGGUGAAUGAAGACUGUUUCUUUGACGCAGCAGAGAGCUGUGCAUCCGACUCCAGAAAGAACCCCUCUUCUUAGUAGAACUUAACUACUCUCUACCCGACCCAUGCGGUGAGGGGUUAGGGGGUUCUGCUGCAGCCUGAUAGAGCCCCGUGCAUUGUUGUGGAGUCCAGCAGAGCGGCUGUGAAGCUCCACGCUCAGUAAGUGUGACGCCUGCCAGCUCAGAGGUGAGCUGUGAAACACCUGUCUGGCAGAGCGGGCUCCACACAGCAGCAGUGAGGGGGAUUUCUCUGGACUCUGCUGGCCGUCUGAGUGACAGUCCAGCUUCCCUCCCUUCACGGCUCAGCCUGAUUGGCAUUUCUUCACCCGACUUUUGACCUUUUUUCUGUGAAGAAACGGUGAGAAUAUCUAAGCCUGUCACUUCCCAAUGCAAGUCCAGAGAGCAUAUAUAGCCACAGGAGAUGAAUCAGGAUUCUCUGGCAGGCACAGGACGCAUUUGGCUGGGUUAGACAGACAGCAGGCUUUCACAUGAGCUCAGAUGGCCGAGUGUUUGGUUCGACUUAAUAAAACGCAGCUGAUAGAAACAAGAAAAACGAGGAGGGGGGACGGACGGACUCACACCCUGGAAGCCUUUUUGCUGGUUCUGGUGCACUAAAGUACACUGUUUGCCUAUAAAGUUGAAUUAUUUUUCUAUGUACAGAUCAUGCUAUACUACUGUUUUUAUUUAUUUCUGAGAACCUUUUUAGAUGAAGGCUUAAACUUAAAGAAUUUCUCCUAAAUUAAAAAAAAAAAUCUGA